AUGGCUGCCUACGUGGCAUCUGUGCUUUGCCAGCUGGCGCAGCAGCAGCUGGGCGCCGGUACGGCAGCAGGCCUGGCGGAGGUGCUGCUGGGGGUGGUGCGGCAGGUGACGGCCCGGCGGCAGCAGGGGCCGCAGCAGCAGGCGGCUGACGGCUCCGCUGACAAGCAGAGCAAGAAAGACAAGAAGCGGAAGCAGGCGGGCGGCGCAGACGGCGGGGCGGCGGCAGACGGUAAUGGAGAAACCACGCCGCCGCUGCUGCUGCCGACGGAGGGGCGCCCCCUGCUGGCUCUGCUGGUGGUGCUUGAGCAGCAGCAGGAGGGUGGCCAGCUGGCAGGCGGUGAGCAGGCUCAAAAGAAGAGGAAGAAAAGCAAGCACGCGGCAGAUGCGGCGGGCGGGGAGCAGUGGGCGGCGCCUGGCUCGGCCCCAGCUUCAGCCAUGGUGCAGGCCAAUGGAAGCGUGGCAGGCGAUGCCGAGGCAGUGGCAGCAGCCGAGGCUGGCGCGGCGGCAGUGGGCGCCUGCUGCCAGCUGAUCCGCCAGCUGGCGGCCAGUCCUGAGGGCAGCGCAGAGCUGCUGGCAGGUAGCGGCCGGCAGGAGCAGCGGCAGGAGCAGCGGCGCUGCCUGCAGCUGCUGGCUGAGAGUAGCCUAGUGGCCAGCGCGCUUGGCGGCGACGGUGACACUGGCAGCGAGGUGCAGCAAGCGCUGACCGCUGCUGUUGCGCAGCUGCUGCGGCACACCCUGCCAGCAGCCGGCGGCAGCAGUGCCAGCAGUGCAGCCGUGUGCCUCGCGCCGAUGGAGCAUGUGGCGGACACGCUCAACCACACCACCGUCAGCAUGCGCUACAAGGGCUGGCGAUUCCCCUCCGCCCAGCGGCUGCAGCAGGUGCUGCACGAGAAGCAGCUGUGGGACGACGAGGCCAUCUGCUACACUGGCUACGAGGCCACCUGGGCGUUGUGGAAGGAGGAGCACGACCUGCUGAUCGCCGAGCAGCGCCCCAAAGCCAGCUGCGCCGGGGCGCGCGCUCAACCCAGAGCAGCGGCAGCACCUCCUCCAGACUUGCUGCCAACCGCACUACUCCAAAGUGCUACUGCCGCUGUUGCGGCAACAAGCUGCCGCCGACAGCCGCUGGCAGCAUGA